UUGUAGAAAAGACUUAUAUGAGACAAUCAUCAUGCAUAGAAAAGCCUAUAUAGAGAAAGUGAAGAAUCCCAGAGCGGAUGCUAACUUCUUCAGCAUAUUAACUUUUUCUUGGAUUCUACGCAUUUUCUGGGUGGGUUAUCGUCGAGAUCUUGAAGUAACUGAUUUAUACACACCGCUUAAAGAGCAUACAAGUGAUAUUCUUGGUGUUAAAAUAGCGAAAGCCUGGGAGAAGGAAUGGAAGGCGUACCAAUGUCGGCUGGAGCUAGUUGCGAAGGGCAAAUCACAGAAGGUCAAGGAGCCCAGCCUGAUGAAGGUCCUCAUCACGUGUUUAGGUUUCAAGACCCUACUGUGCGGAACUUUUUUGGCCGUUAUAGAAACCUUACUCAGAGUGGUGCAACCAUUAUUGUUGGGUCAAAUGUUGCUCUAUUUUAACACCACGGACAUCGACAAGUUCUACGCGUACAAAUGCGCCAUCGGCAUUAUUUUGUGCUCUGCUGUAAAUGUGUUCAUAGUUCAUCCUUACAUGAUGGAUAUGACGCAUUUGGGUAUGAAGAUUCGCGUAGCCUGCUGUUCGCUGAUCUACCGCAAGACGUUGAAGCUGAGCAGAACCGCGCUGGGCGAGACGACAAUCGGCCAGGCAGUCAAUCUGUUAUCUAACGACGUCAAUAGAUUCGAUAUCAGUAUCAUAUUUCUACAUUAUUUGUGGCUCGGACCUUUGGAGACCAUCAUCAUCACAUACAUUAUAUUCCAUUUGAUCGACAUCGGAGUAUCAUCUAUUUUCGGUAUUGCCUUUCUUCUGAUGUUCAUUCCUUUUCAAGUGUGGCUGGGCAAGAAAUCAUCGGAGCUGAGAUUAAAAAUUGCCAUCAAGACAGAUGAGAGGGUGCGAUUAAUGAAUGAUAUUAUUAGCGGAAUCCAAGCCAUCAAAAUGUAUACCUGGGAGAAUUUUUUUAGCGUGCUCAUACAGAAAGCAAGAAAAAAAGAAGUUAAUAUCAUUCAAUGGGCAUCGUGUGUCAGGGGUAUCGUUAAGUCCUUCAUUGUCUUCAUAACAAGAAUAUCACUGUUCAUUACAAUAUUGUCUUAUAUUCUAUUUGACUACAAGAUAACGGCCGAAAAGGUGUACGUGAUAACUGCCUAUUAUAACAAUUUAAGUUUAAUUAUGACUGCCUACUUUCCGCAAGGAAUAACACAAGUAGCAGAAACAAUUGUGUCUAUAAAACGGCUACAAAAGUUCUUAAUGUACGAUGAAUUGACUCGUUCCGAGAUCAAAGUAAAAAAGUACAAUAUGAAGAAUAAUAAGGACAUAAGAGAAAAUAACAAGAAUGCGAAGGAGGAUAACCAACAAGAGAUAAAAAAAAAUAAUAUCGGAAACUCAAAAAAAAAUUUGAUUGAGCAGAAGAAGAACGAUGUUAGAGUCGUGGGCCAGCCAAACAAUGUCGAGUAUAGUAUCCUCAUUGAAAAUGGAAAUGCUAAAUGGUUGGAUUAUGAACAAGAAGAUACUCUAUUGAAUAUCAACAUGAAAGUACGUCCUGGUGAACUGAUCGCUAUUGUCGGCCAGGUUGGUGCGGGCAAGAGCAGUCUGUUGAACGUCGUUCUAAAAGAAUUGCGAUUGCAAAAAGGAUCCAUUCAAGUUAACGGUAGGAUUGCUUAUGCCAGUCAAGAACCGUGGCUUUUUGCUGGUUCGGUGAGACAAAAUAUUCUAUUCGGAAGAAAGAUGGAUCAAAUUCAAUACAAUCGUGUGACUGCAGUGUGUCAAUUAAGAAAAGAUUUCAGUUUGCUGCCUUAUGGUGAUAAAACAAUUGUAGGAGAGAGGGGUGUCAGUCUUUCCGGUGGCCAGCGUGCAAGAAUAAAUUUGGCGAGAGCCGUUUAUGCCGAUGCCGACAUAUAUCUCAUGGAUGAUCCUUUAAGCGCCGUGGACGCUCAUGUGGGCAAGCAGAUAUUUGAAGAAUGCAUCGAUAAAUAUUUACGAGGCAAGACUCGGAUUCUCGUCACUCAUCAAUUGCAAUAUCUAUGCAAUGUCGGUAAAAUUAUCGUUCUGAAGGACGGAGCUAUCCAAGCUGAAGGCACUUACGACAAGCUGGGUUCAAUGGGAAUGGAUUUUAGUCGACUGUUAAAAUACCAAGUAAAUGCGGAUGAGAAAUCUUCUGUACUCUUCUCAUCUCCUGUUAGCCGUAAAAAUUCGCUCAUCGCCAGUAUCACGUCGCUGAGUUCCUUAAUGACGAAUAAUACUUCAAAACAGGAACCUGAAGAGGUGACUGAGAGGCAAACGGUGGGUAAUGUUUCCAGUAAAAUAUUCACUGGUUAUCUUCGUGCUGGCGGCAACUGGUGCAUUAUAUUCAUAGUAGCUAUGCUUAGCAUAGCAACACAACUAGCGGCUAGCGGCAGUGAUUUCCUUCUUGCAAAUUGGGUUAAUAAAGAAAGAUACUAUAUGAAUCAAACAGAAGACGGUUUUGAGGAAAACAUUCCCCCAAGAAGUUCCCUUACUCGGAUGGAAUACAUCUAUAUCUACAGUGGACUAAUCGUGCUUACUAUCGGCAUCACCCUUAUUCGUUCAUGGGCUUUCUUCUGGAUGUGCUUGCGGGCCUCAAUGCGCUUGCAUGAUCGUAUGUUUCGCAGCAUUAGUCGUGCCACUAUGCGAUUUUUCAAUACCAACACGUCGGGACGUAUCCUCAAUCGCUUCUCCAAGGACAUGGGCGCGGUAGACGAGAUGCUGCCCAUCGCGCUUAUCGAUUCUAUCCAGAUCGGUAUGUCGCUGGUAACCGCCAUUAUCGUGAUUGCUAUCGCAAACUUAUGGCUGCUGAUACCUACGGUGAUUGUCAGCAUUGUCUUUUAUUGCCUGAGAAUCUUUUAUCUGGCCACUAGUCAUAGUGUUAAGCGUCUCGAAAGCAUCACCCGUUCGCCGAUCUUCGCUCACCUCAGCGCGACUCUUCAAGGACUAUCGACGAUCCGUGCGUUUGGAAUGGAAGCGAUUCUCACGAAAGAGUUUGAUAAUUAUCAAGAUAUUCAUUCGUCCGCGUGGUACAUCUUUAUUGCAUCCUCCCGCGCCUUUGCCCUCUGGAUCGAUGCUUUUUGCAUGCUAUAUGUCACGGUGGUCACGUUGAGCUUCCUUGUGAUGGACAACAAUGUUAUGUACGGCGGAUACGUAGGCCUAGCAAUCACUCAAAGUCUCAAUCUUAUUGGGAGAUUAAAUUGGUGCAUGCGCCAGAGCACCGAGGUGGAGAAUCAGAUGGCCUCGGUGGAGCGUAUUCUUGAGUACAACAAAGUGGACAGCGAGCCCCCUCUCGAAAGUGUCCCCGAUAAAAAGCCCAAACUCGAUUGGCCACAGGAAGGUAAGAUCAAGUUCAAGAACGUGUUCCUACGCUAUGCGCCUUUAGAGCCGGCAGUGCUGAAAAACCUCAGCUUUGUUAUCUUUCCGCGGGAGAAGAUUGGCAUCGUCGGUAGAACCGGUGCGGGCAAGUCAUCUCUGAUCCAAGCGCUUUUUCGCUUGGCUGAUGUGGAUGGUCUGAUCGAGAUCGAUGAAGUUGACACAAGUCAAAUAGGCUUGCACGAUCUGCGUUCCAAAAUCAGCAUCAUCCCGCAGGAACCGUUCCUGUUUUCUGGCAGCCUCAGGCAGAACCUUGAUCCAUUUGAAUUGUAUGCGGACGAUCCACUGUGGCGAGCCCUAGAGGAAGUCAAAUUGAAGGAACUAGGUUUGGAAACCCACAUUAACGAAGGCGGCUCCAAUCUCAGCGUCGGUCAGCGACAGUUGGUUUGUCUAGCGCGUGCCAUUGUCAGGAACAACCCAAUACUCGUGUUGGAUGAGGCAACCGCGAAUGUAGACCCGCGAACGGACGAGCUCAUUCAGACAACAAUCAGGAGGAAGUUCGAAAAGUGUACGGUGCUGACGAUUGCUCAUCGACUCAACACUGUCAUGGAUAGCGAUCGCAUUCUUGUAAUGGAUGCUGGUAACGCGGUGGAAUUUGAUCAUCCCUACGUGCUGCUACAGAGGGAGACAAGCUAUCUAAAGAGCAUGGUACAGGAGACCGGCACGACGAUGGCGGAAGCUCUGGUCGGCGUUGCCCGCAACUGCUACCAAAAUCGCGUUUUAAUGCAUCCACUGUGUUAAUUCUUUGCCAUUGCUUGUGAUAAAUAUCAGUGAUAGAUCAUUCCACCGAUUUUUACGAGUUCUUAGAUAAACUGUUUGAGAUUUGAAAAAUAAAAGAAAAAGUGCAAUGUAGAUAAAAUUUGGCCCGAGAAUUUAGAAUAUA